CCCAACAGACCGCUCACGUAUCAUAAAAGCAGAGGAGCAGCAGCAGAGGAAGCAGCUGAAAAGCGUCUGUGUCACACUCAUUUGCUCGGUUCGAGAUGACGGAAACCGAGAGGGCUGUUCAGCAGACCAAGGAUAAAAGCAUGACUUUCCGGUCCCAAAAAGAGAUGUUUGAGAAGAUGGAGGAAUCUUUCAAGAUCUGUGCUUAUUGUGAAAAGCGACCGAAUGAACUUUCCAACCCACAGAAGCUAAAGCGUUGCUCCAGGUGUCUGAAUGCUUACUACUGCUGUAAAGAGUGUCAGAAGGAAGACUGGCCCAAGCACAAGAAGUCCUGCUCACAGCUGCGACUGGCUGCCAUCGACAGAGUUGUGGAGUGGCUUGUGUUUAAAGGAGACCUCCCGUUUCCUACAGAAAAAUGGUCCAAGUCCCAGUCCGAGGUAAAAGGUUUCGAUGACUGGCUCUCCAUGCAGGGAGAUCUCACAGCACGCCUCGAUCCCGUUUUAAAUGGAAAAAACAUGAACGACUUGUGGUCCAACGCUGGUCGGCCUCGGCCAGAUGAUGACGAUCUGAAGCAGUCGCUGUGGAGGGUUUGCAGCGAGUUCUUCUCCAGGCCCCUGACAAUAGCCUGGGGGAUGAGGCUGUUUGGUCUAAACCCUUUAUCCAAACCUCUCACCAUUCACCUGGUGGGAGCAGGCCACACUGAGACUCUGUCAGCCAGACUGACCGACUACGAUGAGCUGAACAACAUGUUCCCCGGACACCAGGGGAUCGAAAUAGUCAUGGUGGGGCCUGAGGUGGUGGACGGCCCCAUUGUGAGGCCUCCCCUCAGAGCUUUUGGACCCAAACAGAGAGUCUACAUCAGCGCCUACAAGGGCCUCUACCAUCAGUUCUGGGAGGAGCUGGUGGAGAAAGAGGAGGCAGCCAAGCCAGAUUUGGUUGUUGGAUUUCAUCCUGGAUUUGAUGCCAGCCAAGGUCUGGACGAGGGUUGGCUUCCAACUCUCCUGCUUCUCAGAGAUUAUGAAAUUCCUUCUCUCUUCACUGCUCUCACUGAGACAGAGAUGACCUACUCUUUGCAAAUUCUGCUGGAGCUGGAAAUGGACAUGAAAGGAAGUGGAGCCAACCCUUUUGCAUCACUAAAGCCAGAAGUUGUGGACUCAUGUGCCCACAAACCUCCGGUCUACUGCAACUCCCACUACUUCUGUUUUCAGGGUCUGCUGGAGACUGUGGAGUUUGAAGAACCAGAGGACGCCUGAAUAACAGCAGCGUGCUGACUCUUCCAGCUUUGGGACUAUAAAGUUCUGUUUUUAUGUGAACUUUAACUAUUUUCUUAAAGUAGUUUAAAAAAAAUACUGCUUAAUGUGUACAUUUGCUGAACAGGUUCUGCCUGAUGGCUACUUACUGUGCAAUGUCCCUGCUGCAUUUGCAUUCUCACUAUCCCAGUUUGAUGGCAUUCAGCAGCCACGGUGAUGACAUUUGAAUAUGCUGCCUAUUAUUGUGUGUAGAGGGUACAAUGUUAUAGUAAUAGUUUGCUGUCUUCUGUGGUUUUAAUCUUUUGGUUAUGGCCUCUUUUUUCAUCUCCUGUUACAAUAACCAU